UCCCUUAAUCCAUUGAAAAGUUUCACAAUAUGUAGGUAGGUGCUUUUGUUGAAGACAUUCAAUUAUCAGGAUUGCCUUCCCUGUCAUUAUGCUGAGACAUGCCUCUUUGCCUCAUACACGCGCUGCCAGCUCCAGGGAAACGAUGACAAGAAACGUUGCAGUGGGGUCUUAAAGUAGUUUAGCAUCUAUCUGCUAUGUUAGAAUUUUUAUGAGUACAUAAUAUUGGUUGAUAUUUGCAGAAUAACUGCACUUAAUGGAUAUGUCCUUGUUUCCUACGAACUACUCAAUUAACUUGUCGCAAAAUGUCAAUAACUGGACAGGUAGUAGUGUGGCAAGAUCGGAGAGGGAGAAUUAUAACAGGAAAAGCCGUAUGAUCGCUCUCGUGGUGCUUUUUUUCUUGUCCUUCGUUGGAAACCUCAUAGUUAUAAAAACAAUCUCUUGUAGUUGGGUUGGAAAACAAAGAAAAGGUCGCAGGGUGCAUAUGCUCUUCAUCAACUUGGCAAUGGCAGAUCUCAGCGUUUCGCUGCUGACCGUCCUUUCUCAGAUUUUAUGGGAAAGCUUGGGGAGCGAGUGGCUGGCCGGGGAUCUCUCCUGUCGGCUAGUCAAAGUCGCCCAGAUCUUCGGUCUCACUGCAUCGUCAAACAUGGUCGUGAUCAUAGCGCUUGAGAGGCAACAUGCCAUUGCCAACCCGCUUGCAAUUCCUCUUUCUGUCACGAAGAUCUGCGCCGCUUCAUGGAUCUGCGCGGUGCUCUUCUCCGUGCCACAGGCAUUCGUAUUUAGGGAGACCAAGUUAAACUCCGGUACCCAGUGCCUCGGUAUUUUUGACAAUCUACCGAAAUGGCACUUUCAAUUGUACAUAAUCUAUGGAGCCAUGGUUGUCUUUUUUGUUCCGUUUUGCAUCUUAUGCUUUGCCUACGCCAGAAUUCUGUGCAUUAUUUGGAAGACAGAAAAGAAACCCAAACGUGAAAAGGUCGUAUCAAACAGCACCACAACCGGCACCCAGUUCCAUCUAAAUCCUACCAACAGUUCCCUGCCUAAAGCCAAAGUCAAAACCUUGAAGAUGACGCUGAUGAUCAUCUUGCUGUUUAUCAUCUGUGGAUUGCCCUACUUCGUGGUUGAGAUGAAGUUUGCAUUUGGAAACGUUUCUGCGCUGGACCAAGAUGUCACUGCAGUACUCGGGAUAUUUGUAGUAUCCAACAGCGCAGCUAACCCCAUCAUAUACUUGUUUUUCAAUUCAAAGAAGAGUGUUAAAGCUGUCUGUACCUGCGGUACAGAAGAACAAAAGGAAGGAGGCAGCAGUAGAGCAACAUCUUUUAGUUUAAUGCAGAAAAACUCAGGACAGUCCAUCGCUUUCAUUGAAGUCGACCCCAUUUCAAAGACAGAAUGCAGCUAGUGCAAAUGAAAAACGUACCCCAGCAUUCGUUCAAUGAUAAUUGCCGUAUGAGUUAUACGUUCUCAAACUUAACCUUUUGUUAUAAGAGUUUCAGGUGUUUUCAUGAAUUCAAUUUCGCAAAGUUAUUGUGAAAUACUUUGUCCUGUCUGUCUGCUGUGCUUGUAGAAAUGUUAUGAACGAAUGUGAAAGGUUUGGAACCUUUAGUAAAAUAUGUGAGAUUUUGUUGUACAAUUUGAGGCUUCAGUGAUUGCUAAUAUGUUAUGUCUUGUUUAUCUUGUAUAUCAUUUGCUGUGUAUCUAUAUGUUUGUUUUUGACA